AAUGCAGUGCAGAUGAUGAUACAUAACGUCACGCUCUAUGGUUUGUGGUGAUGUGUUCUUUGUUCGACAAGUUCAACGCUAAUAAACAUUUUUGCUAAAAGAUCCUGCCCCGAACAAUAUGUAUUAACUAACUGGACGUAAGAGUAUAAAUCAUUUUAGUUGUUCAUAUUUGUGAAACACCGAACAAAAAUGUUCUCGAAGGGAACACAAUACAAAACGUUGAAGACGCAUUUGCGUCUAGCAAUAUAUCGAAUGCAAUUACUCGAGAAGAAGAAAACCGAGCUCGCGCAAAAAGCACGAAAAGAAAUUGCUGACUAUAUUGCAACGGGAAAAGUAGAAAGAGCUAAAAUACGCGUGGAACAUAUAAUUAGGGAAGAUUACAUGGUCGAGGCUAUGGAACUGCUUGAAAUGUAUUGUGAUCUCUUAUUGGCACGUUUUGGUCUCAUCAUGCAAAUGAAAGACUUGGAUGAAGGUUUAGCCGAAGCUAUUUCUACAAUAAUUUGGGCUGCUCCUAGAAUUCAAACUGAUGUUCGUGAAAUGAAAGUAAUUGCUGACAUUUUGUCAGCAAAGUAUGGUAAACAAUAUACAGAUGCUUGCAGAGAAGAAGCGGUGCAAAGUAUUUCUGAAAAGUUGAAACAGAAGAUGAGCGUACAGUCACCGUCCAAACUUCUUGUUGAAAAAUAUCUUAUAGAAAUUGCUAAGAACUAUGAUGUUCCUUAUGAACCAGACCCCCAAGUAAUGGCGGAGGGAAAAGAUACAUUGUUGAUAGAUAUUGGAGGUAAUGGAGAAGGAAGGAAUAAUUUAGAUACAGCUUCCGGAGGUGGCAUGCCACAACCAGUUGGAUUUAUUGGAUUUCCUCAACCUCCACUAUUACCAGAUCCUACAGCGAAUCUGAUAAAUUCAGAGAAAGGAGCAAUGGGUUUUGUUAAUCCUUCAGGACCUCUAGAAGAUAAAGCUCAAAAUGUUCCUCACAAUGUUCCUACUGUUUCAUACAACAUUCCUUUAGAUAACUCCAAUGAUAACAGACCUGAAAAUGACUUACCUCCACCAUACAGUUCAUUUCCACCUGAUUUAAACAAACAGUCCGAUCAGAAACCAAAACCACAACCACGAUCAAAAAUGCCGAUGAAUGAUUUUCAGCUUCCAGAUUUACCAGCUGUUCCAUCGGAGAAUGAUUUACCUCCAAUUAAUUCAACUACUACCGAGGAUAUUGAUUUUGAUGAUUUAAUGAAACGUUUCGAAGAUUUAAAGAAGAGGAAAUAGUCUUUUAUGUUCAUAAAAAUAUAUUGCGUAAAUUAUGUAUGUUAUAAUGCAACAUAUGUAUAUGUACAACUGUAAAAAUUUGAAAUAUUGUAGUUUUA